AUGUCGGCCAGACAGCCAGAGAUAACGCUCCUGGAUCACAAGUGUGGACAUCGCACGACCCAGAGGACUCGCUUUGACCUUCGUCAUUCGGAGCACGAGGCUUUGCCACCAUCCCAGAGGGCGGCAGCGCAGCCGAAACUUCCUCCAGAAAGCUCCCCCUCCGAUGCAAUGAUCGACACCCGGUCAUUGGGAGGAGUGCUGAAGGAUACCGCUGGGAAUGUUGCUCUUAAUGCCAGAGUGGUGCAGUCAUCUUUAUACCACCGAGAGGGAGUUGCUGAACAUGCAGUAGAUGGAAACAGAGACACCGAUUACAGGAAGGGCUCAUGCACUCAUACUCAAGUGCAGCUUAACCCAUGGCUGAGAGUUGACCUCGGAAAUGCCUACAGCAUAAGCAAAGUUGCCCUCACUAAUCGUGGAGACUGUUGCAAAGAGCGACUUAAAGGAGCUCAGAUUCGUAUCGGUAACAACCUGGAGAACAACGGAAACAACAAUGAGCUGGCUGUAACUGUUCUCACUGUUUUUGAUGGCACAAAAACAUUUGAGUUUGAGCCCAUUAGUGGCCGAUUUGUCAACAUUUUUUUACCCGGGAAUGAUGAAAUCCUUACUCUGUGUGAAGUCGAGGUGUUUGCAGAAAAGGACAAACCACUGUACAUUUGUGUUCCAAGGAAUCUUGCUCUUGGAGGCAAAGCUGUCCAGUCUUCCAGAUACAGUGCAUUAACAGCUGCUCAUAAUGCUAUCGAUGGCAACAGGGAGUCAAAUUACGCCCGCGGGUCAUGCAGCAUUACUAACGCGGACAGGGACCCCUGGUGGAGAGUCGACUUGGGAGACGUCUACAGGAUAACCAGGGUUAGCGUCACUAAUCGUGGAGACUGUUGUGAAAAGAGGAUCGAGGGGAUCCAGAUCCGUAUCGGCAACAGCCUGCACAAUAACGGCAACAAUAAUGACCUUGCAGCAGCUGUUGGGCCCAUUCCACUUGGAGGCACAAAAUCAUUUGCAUUUAAGCCUAUUAAGGGGCGAUAUGUCAACCUUAUUGUGCCUGGACGCAAAGAAUACCUCACACUGUGUGAAGUUGAGGUAUAUUCAGAGUAAGUGGAAUAAAAUGAUGUUACACCACAGUCACUGAUCCCCCCAAAUGACUGUUUUCUGAGCAAUACUAAUAUUGCACUUUUUUUCAUUGUUUUCAUUUUACUUAUGUAUACCUUUAUCCUUCCUCCAAUUGGGUGGGACUUGUAUUUACACCCCAAACACCCCCACCUUUGUUUAUCUUUGCUUUCUACAUGAAU